AUGAUAUCUGAGUUUGAUUUUAACUAUUAUCCACUCCAAUUAUACGAUUUACAGAUACCAUUGACAUCAUAAUUGCAAUUCGAAAAUUUCAAUGAAAAUGAUGUUUCGGCAAGAAAGUUAAGAGUUAGCUCUCAAUGUUUAAUUUUAAAAAAGUAUGAGAUAUUGUUAUAAACUUCUAGAAAAAUAAGACGUAAGCAAAAAAGACCUUCACUCUUAAAAAUUGAUGAAACCGCUAGAAAUGUGAAAAUCUACAAUUUGGGUCCUAGCCAAACAAACUUAGAGUGUACAAAUGAUGAGUAAAAAUAAAUUAACGACUGA